AUGGGCGGGACGUAUUGGUACUACUACAAGGUCGACGAUGAGGAGCACCACAAUCCCUCCGAGCCCUCAACGACUGUUUGCCCCUUACUCCCUGGCCAACGUUUGAACGUCCUGGAAGUUCCAAUAGAAUCAAGAAGUCGGAGUAACUCGGAAAGCGACCAAAUCUUCACCCGCAAUCCUCAGGACAAGUUCCUGACCCCCGUUCCCCCCAAGCCACUGCCUUCCCCGAAGCUGGGCGACCUUUGUACAGAGACGUACAGGAUCCCGCUACAGUCUCUCGGAGGGCCACGGUCUGCUACGUAUCCUUCAAUGAGCCAAUCUCUCACGCCUGGAUAUGAACGACGCGCGCGGAGCGCUUCCACUUCGCCGGCGAUGCCGUCAAGCGCAUUAUUUCCGGACCUCAAGAGCCUAAAAGUGAAGCUUGCGUCGAAGCGAUCUGCAUCGAACAACCGGGAGCAGCCCAGAAACGUGAGAGAGCUACAAAUAGGAGCCCCAACUCUCAUAAGUACGACUGCGGAAGAAGUCAAUCUCGUGCCUUUGUCGUCCUUACAAGCUCCCUCGACCUCGUCGUCUGUACGGACACGCUCGGUUUCGUCCCCAGCGCCACUUAUCACGGCCAAGCUGCGGGAGUUCUCUCCGCUAGGAUCGCAUCCCGUGGACCCCGUUAAGGACCUCAUUUUUGCAUCUGAAAAGAUGACGCCGGCCGGCGCAGAGCGACUCAUCCAGCGUCCAAGAUCUCACGUGCCUGAAAUUAGCGCUACUGAGCCUCCUUCAAGCCCAGGCAUAGUCAGAGCCAACUCAUCCGAAACCAGACGAACGAAAAUAUUCUGCAAUGAGCCAUGGCUCGCUUCUCCGAGGCUUCGGCAGAGCUUCGAGGAAGACAGUGAAGAGGCGAAACAACGCCCAGAGCCUGCGCUAGUACUGCAAAGACCAACACUCUCGCUUGAGCCUCCCUCCCAUGACUCACGUCCCUCAUCAAGCCAUGGAAGCCACCGAAGCCCUGGCCUACGGCAAACGCCACUUGACAAGGAUAAGGCACUCCCUGCUCUACCACGGUACCUCGUUCCUGCUCCACUGUUCGCUUGUAACGGCGAUGCUAUCAGUGUGAAAGAGUAUAAGGAACGCGAGAAGGCGGAAGAUGGCGAAGAAGAGCACCAAGACGACUCGGAAAUUCGCCUUAUCUCCGAGAGAAGUGGGCAGUUCUCGACCUGGAGCUCCGACUCUAUCACAUUCAGUUCGCCAACAUCCGACGAAGACGCCGUUCACUCUCCUACCUUCAGCUCGUUGACGAGCAACUGCAGCGAAAUGGGAUCGCCGCAGAGACUCUCAGCCCGUUUCUCCAUUAGCGACUACAUGGUCGACCAGGAUGAGGAAUCCGCAAUCAAGCACGAGAAAGAAGACGACGAGCAGAACCAGGAAGCUGAAGAGGCGAGCACACAAACGUACUUAUCGACCUCACCUCCGCAGCUAGACCAGCUGCGUCUCUCAGGGUUCGGGUCGAGCCUGUUCAACAUCGAUAUCCGUGCAACAGACUCAACGUCCCGUAGACAGGUAUCCUGUUUCGGACUGGGCUUUCAAGGCUACAAGCUUCCCGAGGAUGAGGUCGGUUCCCAGGCUACGCUCACCAAGGACACGCUGCCCCCCGAGCCGACGAUCAAGCAUGGGCGUGAAAGCUCGGUCAGCCAUUUCGAGAAGUUGAUGAAUGACUUCGGCUACCUCGGCGAUUCCGUCCUAUAA